AUGGUAAUAUCCUCCCUUUCCCCGUUAGCCUCCGCCACAGCUCUCCGCCUUUACCUCCUACAUCCCAAUCUCACACCACGAUCUGCUCGCUCUCGACCCUUCCCAGCCCUUCCGUUCGCUGGCUCCGCCGCCGCUGCCGCCCCGAGCGGCAAGAGGACUCUAAUUUCGAGCUCAAUUGAUCAGAAUCCACCGAGAAGCCUGUUCCCCGGCGGCUACAAGCGACCGGAGAUCAGAGUUCCCAAUCUCGUGCUCCGGUUGAGCGCUGAGGACGUGUUGAGGGAUGACAAAUCGCUGCUCGACGUAAUUGACGGCGCUGUCUCCGGUAGGGUCGGAAUCGUGGUGCUUACCGGCGGAGAAGGCAGCGGCAAGAAGCUCUAUGAGGCUGCUUGUUUGCUCAAGUCUGUGAUUCGGGAUCGAGCUUACUUGUUGAUUGAUGAGCGUGUGGAUAUUGCUGCUGCGGUCAAUGCGAGCGGCGUUUUGCUUUCCGAUCAAGGUCUGCCUACAAUUGUGGCAAGGAACACAAUGAUGGAUGCGAAAACCGAUUCAGUGGUUCUUCCCCUGGUAGGAAGAAAUGUCCAAACUCAUGAGGCUGCAUUAGAUGCUUUUAAUUCCGAGGGUGCUGAUUUUCUUAUUUAUACUAUUAAAGACGCCGACCAUCUGGAAGAGCUGGUGAGCUCUGUGUGUGGGCGUGUAAAAAUCCCGAUUUUUAUUCUGACUGGCUUUCCAAGAGAUGAAAUGUUUUCCAAGAGACCUUUGGGUUCAGUGACAUCAGGAGUUGAUGGUGUAGUUGUUUCAGUGGAUGAAUUGGACUCGUCCAGAGACAAGGACUUGAUGAAGUUAUUUUACAGUGAGUACGUGCGUGGUCAAGUUUUUGGCAGUCUUGAAACUUUGGGUGCACAGAAUGGAUUUUACGGGCAGCAGAUGGUCGGUGAAUUUACUAGAUUGGAAGAAAGAGAAAAACAGUUAAUAGAAACAGAGAGAUCGAUUUUGCUUGAAGCUAUCAAUGUCAUUGAAAGGGCGACCCCACUGAUGAUGGACAUAUUGCUUCUCAAAGAUGCCGUUUCUCAACUUGACGAACCAUUUUCAUUGGUUAUAGUGGGAGAGUUCAACUCCGGAAAGUCGAGUGUCAUCAAUGCUUUUCUUGGGCAGAGGUACCUGAAGGAUGGGGUUGUACCCACAACUAACGAGAUCACCUUCCUACGCUAUUCUGAUUCUGAGUUCAGUGAGCAAAGGUGUGAAAGGCAUCCUGAUGGUCAAUACAUAUGCUACAUACCUGCUCCAAUUCUAAAAGAAAUGACAAUAGUUGAUACCCCUGGAACAAAUGUUAUACUCCAAAGGCAGCAACGGCUGACUGAGGAAUUUGUGCCUCGCGCUGAUUUGAUUCUUUUUGUCAUGUCGGCUGACCGGCCAUUGACCGAAAGCGAGGUUGCUUUUCUUCGCUACAUUCAACAAUGGAAGAAAAAGAUUGUUUUUGUGCUGAAUAAGAGUGACCUGUACCAAGGCACAGAUGAGUUAAAUGAAGCUAUUGCAUUCAUCAAAGAGAACACACGAAAGAUGCUAAAUGCUGAACAGGUCUCAUUAUACCCUGUUUCUGCUAGAAGUGCUCUUGAGGCAAAGCUUUCUGCUUUUAGUGGUCUAGAAAAACAAGAGGAGCAUUCAAAUAAUCCAUAUCCAGGGGCUAACAACUUUUCUGAUCUUGAGGAGUACCUCUACAGCUUCUUGGACGUAUCUACAAAUAAUGGGAUUGAGAGGAUAAGGCUUAAACUGCAAACCCCAGUUGAGAUUGCUGAGCAGUUACUUUCUUCUUGUCAAAAGCUGGUCACAGAUGAGUUCCAGCAAGCUGAACAGGACCUGAAGAUGGUGAACAAUAUUCUCGGUAGUGUAAAAGAGUACUCCUUGGAGAUUGAAAAUGAGAGCAUUUCUUGGAAGAGACAAAUUUUAUCUCUGAUCAGUGAUGCACAAACGCGUGCAGUUAAACUUGCAGACUCGACUCUACAACUUUCAAAUCUUGAUCUUGUUACCUCAUACUUUGUAAAAGGAGAUAAAUCUGCCCAGAUGCCAGUGACCUCAAGUCUACGAAAUGAAAUAAUUGAGCCUGCAGUUUCACAAGCUGAAAAACUGCUUGGCGAAUAUUCUGCGUGGUUGCACUCGAAAAACUCUCGUAAAGGAAAUACAUACAAGGAGUUGUUCAAAGAAAGAUGGCCUUUAGUUGUUCCAUCAAUCCACUCGCAGCUGGAGGCUAAUGAGCUGUUAAGAACAAAGCAGGAAAUAGGUAUAGCUGUUAUUGAAGAGUUUAGUGCUGCUGCUGCUUCAAAACUGUUUGAGCAAGAAAUCAGAGAAGUGCUCUUGGACGCUUUUGGUGGAUUGGGUGCAGCUGGUCUAUCUGCAUCGGUCUUAACAUCUAUCUUGCCUACCACUUUAGAAGACCUCCUUGCUUUAGGCCUUUGCUCUGCUGGCGGUCUGUUGGCAAUUUCAAAUUUCUCGUCCCGGAGACAAAAAGUGAUCGACAAAGUGAGAAGAACUGUCGAUGCCUUUGCUCGUCAACUGGAAGAGGCCAUGCAAAAGGACUUAUUGGAUUCUACCAACACUUUAAACAACUACGUGACGCUCAUUGGCAAGCCAUAUCAAGAAUUAGCACAAGAUCGAGUGAAUAAACUUUCGGGCACCCUUGAUGAACUAAAAGACAUCGAGGGACAACUUGAAAAAUUACAAAUCGAGAUCCAAAACUUUCAUGUAUCAAGGUAA